AUGUCGCUGUUCGCGCGCAGGCGAGUGCUGCAGGGAGAUAACGAGGGCCCCGAGCGCGCGCUAUCUACCGGCUCUAUAUAUUCGGACAACGUCCAGGGCUGGGAUUCUACCUCGUCCUUCGCCCGCCCGGCGUCGACCGCGCACAUCGGCGAGAGUCCUGUGCCAGGACCGCUCACUCUACCUCCGCCCGUCUCGUCCCCGAACCUGCAGCAGAAUGGCAAAGUCCGGCGCUCUGUCUCAGGUCUCGCGAAGCGCCUAGCCUUUACGCGCCCUGCUGCUUCCUUUCGCGGGCGCCAACCGUUACCUCCUCCCAGUCGCUCUCCAUCGCCCUCCUUCGACUCGGAAAUUCGCCGUCCUAGCGGGCUUGGCCGUUCCCGUUCAUACGACAGCUCAACCGGCGUACCACGCGGCCCCGAUGGCAAUCCCGAAACUGGAAAGACCGACGUCGAGAUACCGCGCUUCCCGCGCGUCUAUCCGCUCGAGGAAGAGAAGAUGCCUGUCCGACGCGCGCCAUCAAAACAGAAGCUACGGGCUCGUUCACCGAUUGGGAAGGGUGGAUACGGCUUCGCGGUCGAGGACGAUGUAGGAACGUCGGUCCAGACAAGCACGAUGACCGAUAGUCUUAGCCUGCCCUACGCGCGCUCCUACUAUGCAUCGAGCACGCCUAUACUCGACACGUAUAGCUCACGCUCGGCAUCUCCUGCACCACACGGCGAGGCUUCGUCACCGGCAACGUCACCCGCACCCAGCCCAUUGUCCUUGGACAAGGAUAGAGAGCGCAAGGAACGCGAGCGGGAAAAGCACAAGGCCAAGGUCAUGGCAGCUUUCCCGCUCCCACCGCCCUCUCCCUCGCAUCUCACAGCCCGGCUCUCUAUGGCCGGUACAGAUGGCAAUGGUGGCGGUCGACCCUCUUUCGCGACGGACAGUAUGGUCAUUCGCAGCUCAUUCGCCGUGGAGCAAGAGUCGCAUCUGUCCCCGACGAUCGCCCGCGCAAUGCGUGUGCCGAUUCCAACUUCGCCCAACUCCCAGUCAUUGUCGCCCUCAACCUCGCUCCGCGACAGACUGCAGUCUACACCUUCUCCGCGCGACUCGCAGGCAUCGACUCCAUCAAGCAGGACGAGGAUGCUCUCUACGCCCACUCAGAUCUAUUCGACUUCAUCACUCGCAGUUGAGUCCGGCGAGCACGAUAUACCGCCUAUGACACCUCCCAAGGACCGGCCUGUGCAGCUCACCCAGUCGCCCAUUCUGGCACCCACGCCUGAAGUGCCACCGAACCCGACCCCCGUCGCGGCGCCCGCUCCCCCACGCUCCCCGGUCCCCCGAGCUCGUAAGCGCCUGGCACGGCAAAACCCGCCGGUACCGCUAUCGCUCCUCUUCGCGCACGUACCCCGUCGCGAUCUUCCUUCUCUGGCACGCGUGAACAGGCGGUUCUGCGCUGCUGCCCGUGCGGCAUUGUACACGCAUAUUGUGCUACCGCUCCCGCCUUCCCAUCUUCCUAUCUCAACUUCGCAUUCGAGGGAGGGUUCGGGAGCUGAAGGCCAAGUUGUCAUCGCCGUCGGAGGAGAUGAGGACGACGACGACGAUUCGGAUCGGACGGACGCAUGCCUCGCGCGUCUGGCUCUCAGCCCGCACCUUACCUCGCUCAUCGAGUCCUUCGCGCUCAUUACGCCGCCAGGAAAUGCACAGCCUGGAGGGACCUUCGAUGCAGCGCUCGCGCUCGCACUGCGCGGGAUGAAUAGAAUGCGAGCGCUAAGGGUGCCGCGCAUUCCUGGUGCAGUCGUGGAGUCGGGCUUCGGGUUCAGAGUGCCGAAGGGAGGAGUUGUGCGGGUUGACGGGCAAUCUGUGCCACAAGGCUUCUGGAGAGUCUUGGCCGGCGGUGGCGCAGAUGACGACGAGGAGAGGGAUGGCAGGCUAAAGAAGCUCGAGAUUCCUCACGUCAAGGAUGUCUCUUCACCUGCGGACGAGGGUGUCACAGACGGCGCAAUCGGCUUGCAAGAGCUUAUUGCACAGCCUGCAGUGGUGACCAAGAUCGCUCGCGCGUGCGGGAGUCAACUCAGGAAGGUCGAAAUGCGCGUCGAGAGCACGUUGUACGAGGGUUUGCGGCCCGGAGACGCCUUCAAAGCUCUCGCUGAAGCGGGCUCAUUCUUAGGUGGUGGAGCUGGCGAGAAGGGGCCAGGGCUUGAAGAGCUUGUGCUGGUCUUCGCGCGCGGCGUUGAUGGGCGCACGCGCGGACGCGUGGUCGCGGCUAUUGGUCGUGAGACGGAUGUUGCGCGCAGGCUCAAGACGCUCGAGGUUCGCGUUGAAGGAGGUGCUCGGGAACGAGAUGCCGACGAGAUCCUCUUCCGCCAGCUGACAUCCCUUCUGCCGCAUAUGCCAGCCCUGGUGGACCUACGCCUUCCGCCUCCACCUCCUCUCACAACACCCGCCUCCGCGACCUUCCCCUCACCCUCGCACACUCAGUUCAACCUCCCCCAACCCGAACUCAGCGCCGAAGAGCUCCGCUACAGCAUGGACGCCGCGAUCCUCGCUCUCGGCUCAGACGCAGCUUUCCUGGCCUCUCUGGGCUCGAGAUCGACAAGCCCGCCACCGCGCGCUGGAUCUCGUCCUAGCAGCGCACGCACGGGAGACGGCACGCCGCCGCCGUCUGCGGAGUUCGGUGUGCUUGGUCCGGGUGCCGCUGCGCAGAGGAUCGCGCAAUGGUCGAGGCUUGCGCCGGGGUUGAAGAAUGUGACGCUUGGUGGAGCUAGGUAUCAACCUGUUGUGAGGCAGGAGAUUGAUUGGGCGCCUGUUGCUGCGCCGUAA